UUUUUCCCCAGGCUGGCACUUAUUUCAAAUCGAUCGUCCCUUCACUCAAAUUUGAAUGCACAUCGAAACCCAACCCACCCACUGUAGAAGGUGGAGCGCAUCCUUCGGUUUUGUCCAGUUGCUAAGAGAGGAAAGUGCCCGGAUUACGCACCAUGUCUCCUUCACAGGUGCUCGGAGGGCCGGUUUCAAUUGGGCACUGACCAGUUCUAAAAGCAAAGUGUCUAAUACAUAUUAUAUUCACAGGGAUUAUGAGCAGCUGACAGUCGCCAACACUGUGUACUAGAGUUCCGAAAGUAACUGCGUAUGCCAUUUGUACCAGUAAUGUGUCAAUAGUGUGUCAAUCAUCUCCCCAAAUCUUAGCUAAUUGCAAUGGAGAACCAUAAGAUACCAUGAAACGGGGUGGAGGAAAAUAAGGCGGGGAUCAAAGAAGAUGAAAAAAGGAGCCGCUGAAACGUAGUAAGACCCAACUCCAGGUCGAGACAAGCUCUCGUGAAAACAGUCAAAUGGCACAUCCAACACUUUCAGAAACAGCAAGUUAAUUAGGGAAAAGAAAAAAAAAGAUCACAAGUCAGACAAGGAAAACAUCAUAGCUUAUUCGGAAACAUUCCCUCCCUGUCCACCACUGGAUAAUAAAAACAGAGUACAUGCAGGAAUCAAUGCGUAAGAGAGGCUAUCAAAAACAGAACAAUCACAAGUAGUCCAAGGAUUGGAGAAGAAGAGAAGAACAAAAGGAAAAAGAAAAAAAUAAAAAAAUAAAAAAAUAAAAAAAAACAUGGG